AUGGAGAUCUCCGACAAAAGUCGAAAAGGCGCGCGGACCCGGUCCAAAAGGAAUGCCAGCGUGGAGAUGGAUGCAUUGGAUGAGACAUCCGUCAGUGGCACUACUGGUGUCUCCAUGGCCCCCACUGCACAUCUAGCAGACAACAGAAAAUCUCAUGAGUUGGAGAUGUGUAAGCUGAGAGUAGAGUGGCAAAAAGAGAAGAUUGAUGAGCUGACCAAGGAAAGAGACUAUCUAAAAGAACAACUGGCAUCAGCUUUGUAUUCCUGUGUACCAUGUGAUGCAAGCUGUGAGCCUUAUGUAUGUAUUUGUAUCCAUUUAACAGCUCUUAAAAAAGGGGACAAAGGUUCCAGCCAGACGAGUCCCUUGUCUUCAAAAUCCUCUAGUGACAUCUCAGUUGACUCUUCCUCUGACACUAUGUCUGACUCCUCCUCUACAUCCUCAUCAGAGGGGGACAAGAAGAAGAAGAGGACGAAAAAGAAGGGGAAAGGGAAAAAGUAUGAGAAGAAGUCAAAGAAAAUGGAAACAAAGACACGUCAAAGAGCUCAAACACCAUAGCAGGUGCUGGCACGAUACAAAAAAAUUAUUCAGCACUUCAGUAGAGGAGGGACAAUGUCAGCGGCUUUCAAGCAUUUUGGGGUGGACCGCAACACAGUCGUGGUCAAUGCUCCAAUCGCAGAGCUGUACAUCGCUGGUUUUAAAGAAAACCUCAGCAGUCAGCGAUAUCAAAGCAAUCUAAUUGUGCCGCUGCAAUGUGCCGCUGCAAUUCAGGAGGAUCCAGCUAUAGAAGAUAUUAUCAAAGCAUUUAAGGUGUCUGGGAAGCUGCUGCCCCUUAAACAAAAAUGAACUGACCUAGGAUCUGGGGAAGGUUUCACACUCAAUCAGACUAAAGUUGUUCACGAUCUGCAUUGCUGUUUUCG